UCGAAAGUGAAAGUUUGCUGAGGUCGGUAAAUCAGAUAGGCUGCACGAAUGAAUCCAAGCAUCUGACAGUAAAGUUCAGGAGUGAAAAUGCCGACACACAUCAGACGGACAUCAGGAUGAAUCACUACCUCGUGUCGAGGUUCAGAAAGAAACUAAAAAGCCUUCCUGUUGCAGAUUACCAUGGCCUCAAGAGUCCAGGUCUUACAUGUUACCUGAACAGCGUGCUUCAGGUGCUUUUCAUGACAGAAAACUUUCGCGACGCUUUGAAAAGCAGUCCAGAUCACCGGAGGGGCAGAAAAGACUCACCAAUCGUUGACCCAGAGCUGAGAAGGCUGUUUGAUGAUUUACAGAAACAAUUGGCCGAAACACGUAACAUCACAGAGAAGCUGGGCAUCACAGAUGUAUUUGAACAACGUGAUGCUGCUGAGUAUUUUGAGAAGAUUUUGUGUAUGACGAGCCAAGACGCUUCCAAGAUCUUUAAAGGAGAGCUGAAUCACAGGACAACAUGCUGUAAGUGCAACAUGAAGAACGAUUCCAGGAGCUUCUUUUGGAUUCUGCCACUAAUGGUGGAAGAUUCAAGAUAUAAAACCUACAAUGUGGAGCAAGGACUCGAAGCUUUCUUUGAGUUACAACAAGUAUCUGGUGAUGACCAGAUAUAUUGCAACCGCUGUGAUGAAAAGCAAAAUGCAAACAUUAAAUGGGAGAUAACACAACAUCCAGAUGUUCUGACCCUCCUGCUAAAGAGAUUUACCUUUGACUACAAGCUGAGAUGCUACGUCAAGCUUCACUGCAAAGCUGAUGUGCCUCAAACUUUACACAUGGAGAAAUGUACUUAUGAGCUCUACGCUGUGGUUAACCACUUUGGCAGUCUCACAGGAGGACACUACACCGCAGAAAUCAAAUCAUAUGAAAAUGGGCAGUGGUACUGCUUCAAUGAUGGACGUGUUGAAAGUGUCAAACUAUUUUUGGCUAAAGAAAACCCACUGAGGUCUUCUGCAGCUUACAUCCUCCUGUACAGGAAAGUGAGCAAAGAACCUCCAAAGACUGAUGGAAGUGACCACGAUGCUCAGUGUGCACAUUCAGACAUCAAGGCUGAAGGAAGGAGUCAUGAGACACACAGAGGAGACGCUGCUUUUCCUCAUUAUCAACCAGAGAGAUAUAAUGACAAAGGGAAGGACAUUUUAAAGAGCUUCAAUGGUGAUUUGCCAAAAAGCUGCUGUGAUGAUGGAAUUUUGGGAAAACUGAUGAACUUUAAUGGAGAACCGGAUAAACAGCCAAACCAAAGAGCAGCACGGAUAAACAAAACAACUGACAAUCGCAUAAACAUUAAAGCAGAUGUGCAGUGGCUUGAUUCAAAUACAAAGACACCCAUGUAUCCUCAUAUGAGCAAAACAGAAAAUUUGAGAACACGGAAAAUUUACGAGACUCAGCAAAACAGUAAUUCCCAAAAGAAACAGCAGAAAGCACGAGACACUUUUUGGGAAGUUAGGGACAACACUGAUACUAAGACUGGAACAAAAACAAGUAAACCAAGGAGUAGCCCAGGAAGAAAUAGAGAAACAGAGAAAAAAUAUAUAAUAAAAGAGCCUUGGAGGUGAUGUUGUUAAUUGUGAUCGGUAAACUGUGAAGAGGAAUGCAUUUGUUUACGUUGUUAUAUGUCAAUGUCUUGUGUAUGUAUUUAAAACGUUCAGUAAAUUAUUUAAUGCAGCGGUCCCCAACCCCUGGUCCACAGACCGGUACUGGUCCAUGAGUAGUUUGGUACCAGGCCACGAGAGUUGAGGCUCAGGUUUGAAAUUUAUGGUUUUCAGGGUUUUUAUCGUUAUUUUUUAAUGUUUUAUCAUUAAGUCAGUUUCCUUGGGUCUUUUCCCGUGUGUUAUGAAUAUUUUUUUUGGUACCAGUACUGGUUUUAUUUUGUUGUAUUUAUCCGCGACACCUCCGUGAAAAUAUUGCCCGACGGGUCCGUGGUGCAAAACAAAAAGGGUUGGGGACCGUUGCUUUAAUGAGACUUUGUGCAUUUGUGUUAGAAAAAUUUACUUGUCAAGUUAUGCAGGUGUUACUUGCAGAAGAUCUCAAACACACAUCUUUGUAAUGUGGCCCUGAGAGGUCAGAUGCAGUACAGCAGCUGCAGGAGUGACAGAAACUCAAACAUAUGAUGGACUGUGCUGAGAGGUGCUGAAAAAGUGAAAGAUUCACUUGUGUCCAAGAUAAGUUGUGCGCUAAUAACAUGAUUCACAUGUGCUUUUUGGCAUUUUUUGACAUGUUUUUUUCAGCUUCGUGUCCAUUCUAUUUUUUCUACCUCUGCUCUGCUUUGUGUGCUUUUUGCAGCAUUUUCUAUUAGCUGUUGUUUCCUUUGGGUUUAGUAAGUUUGACCUCUCAGGGCCACCAUACUUUUCCCCACAGUCAGUCAAUAUGUUGAACAUAGUACAUGUUGUUUUAUAAUGGAACUGAUAAAUAAUAUUUGCAGUGAUUUUUUAAUGAGAUUCGUGUUAAAGAGGAACAGCAGGUAAAUAAACACGCCCUGCUCUCAUCAUAAACUGAGAUAUCAGUUUAGAUUUCCAGUCAGGGAAACGUCUAAUAAAGAAUCACAUUCACACACUUGGUAAUUUAGGUUGUUACG